UCGAGAUUGAGAGCAUCAGUUGUCAUAUAAACCAACCUCGAUUUAGGUGAAAUUUCCGAGUAAAAAUCAACAGUGUACAUCAUUUUUAGAAUGAAAUUCAUUUUAUUUACAGUCAUUUUUAUCAUCACAUUCACAUUUGGAUAUUCAAUACGUUGUUAUCAAUGUAUUCAGGGAUUUCCAGCGGUCACUGACGAUUCAACAAUUGAAAAUGUACCAUUACCAAAGAAUCUAUCAUUGCCAGGAGUUGAUCAUUUACCAACGGCUUAUUGUAAAACACCAUUUGAACUCAAAGGAAAUAUUCUUUGCACAGCAGCUCAUCGAUGUAUGAAAAGUGUCACUUACGAGAAAGAUAACAAAUUCAUAAUUCGCUACUGUGCCCCAAUGAGAAACGAAUACGGUUUCGAAGUACACGCAUCGUCAAAAAAACCAGUUGACAUAACAAAUGGUUGUCACAAAUUUCGAGCCUAUAUUUGUGACACCGAUCUAUGUAAUGGAUCAUCAAAAAAUCAAAAUUUCAGUAUUUUAAUUUUAUUAAUUCCAUUUCUAUUUUAUAAUUGAAAAAACAAAACCCUGCAUGUUUAAUCUCAAUUUUUAACUAGUGAAAAAGUCAUCCCUAUUAUAAUUAUUAUAAUUACUAUUAUAUUAUUAUUGUUAUACAGGGAAAUAUAAAGUGCCAAAUAUUUAUGAAAGCUGACGAAAAAAAAGAACAGUACAAAGUAGACACACAUUUUUCUAAGUAUUGUUAUGACAAAUUUUUACUACAACAACAACAACAACAAAAUACAAAAAAAGCAACUGAUACGUGUAUCGAAAAUUUUAAACGAAAAUUCUUAAAGGAAAGAAGUGAAAAUCAAUAUUAGUGACAUCGAUUAGAUAUUUAUUAGGUUUUUAAAUGUAAAACGUUUUUAAAUGUAUUAUAUGAAAAUUUAACACUGUAUUAUAAUA